AUGGCUGUGAAUGAUCACAAUAUUCCUGAAGAAAACUAUCCACAACGCCCUGGGAAGCAACCGAUGACGAAUCCUAAACCUGAUGAGAGAACCAAGAAGCGGAACGAAGAGUUGGCUAGGCUAGCCGUAGAAGCGCAGGCGGCUCAGCCUCAACCUUCGCAGGAGAACCAAGAUCCACCUCCGCGAGAUGUUCAUGUUCCUCCCCGCAGGCCUCGUGGGCGACCUCGGAAAAACGCUGCCACAAGAGGAGCGAAGCAACCUCCGCCACCAGCAAAGCAACGUGCACCCUUGAGACCCCGAAGAAACACUCAGGCCAGGGCUUCGCCUAACUCGACUGCGGAGUUACCAGAAGAAACUGGGAAUAAUCGAGCCCCUACAGAGGCUUGGACUCAGGUUCCUGGUAAUACGCAGAAUGUUGCCGAGUCAGCAUGGGCGAACUCGGGGCCAUCUAGGCCCCGAAAUGGUUGGUAG